CACAGCGAAAUAACCUCUUCCCACGUAAUCCGCUGCUCACAUCGGCCGCCGCGCUGUAGCUCCCAUUUGAGCCUCCGGCGCGAGGACCCGCCCAAAGCUCUCGCCGGAGCAACCGCGUGUCUCCGGUCCACCGCUGCAUCAACCGCCUGAACUAGAGAGAUACAUCACCACCAACGGGCUGCUUGAGUCGUAGACAAUAUGCAUCCCCCUCUAACAUUGCACCGUCAUCCAAUGUGUGCUGAAAUAAUUGAACAGUUUCAACAGUGUCACUUAGACCAUCCCCUUGCAAAAUUUUUCGGCGAAUGUACCGACCUAAAAAUAAAGCUCGAUCGCUGUUUUCGGGCAGAGAAAGCCGUGAAACGAAAGGUGAACUUUGAAGAGAGCAAGAAACUGAGAGAGAGGCUGCAAGCUUAUAGAAAGGAAACGGCUGAGACAAGUCAAUGAACAGAGAUACUCUGCAAGAUUAGUCCUUAGUAAUGGAGUGACUUCUAAUUUGAAUCAGAAUAUUGUACAAUUGAGGGAGUUUGAUUUUUGAGAAUUUUGCGCCAGAGAAAUUUGUAACAGCAUAUUCUUCUCUGUAGAUUCCUGGAAAAAUAAAAGAAGCUUCAACACCAUAAACACGAAAUUUGUAGGGAAACUUUUGCAUGGAAAAAGAGAGCUCUGGAAGCUACAGUGGGGCAAAUCUUCAGGAUGUUCCUACAUGUAGUACUAGGCAUGCUGAAUUGAAGAACAUUUACGGAAUAAUGUCAACAUGAUUAUGAAAGUUUGAAACCAAAA